ACAAGACGGCUUGGAAAACUCUUGGGACAUCCAUGUGUGUGUGGGCCUGGCUUCAUCCUGGAGGACUUUUUGUGAAAAACCAUGGGGAAAAUUCCACCUCAGGAGCAAGAAGCUGGAUAAUGAGGAUUUUCUUGGUUUGGACCCUUUCCCUCAUGAGAGCCACGAGCACAGGUGGCCAAGGAGUGACAGGCCCCAGGCUGGUGAUGGCUGAGCAGGGCAGCUCACUGGCAGUGUCCUGCAGCUACAGGCCACGCUACAAGCUCAGCUCCAAGUACUGGUGCCUCAAAAACUCCCUCUCGCUUUGCUUGACCUAUAUCAUCCAAACCGAUGGCUCAGAGGUGACAGUGACACGGGACAGGGUGUCCAUCAGGGACAACCACACAGCAAAUUCCUUCACAGUGACACUGAGCAGUGUCACACCGGGGGAUGCAGGCCGGUACUCCUGUGGGGUGAAGAGGAGACUGAGAAACCGGUGGCACAGCAUCAAGGUGAUGGUCUCUGCAGCUGUUUCAAACACAACUGAGGACAGCAACGUGAGCCCAUGGACCACCAACCCUCUGUGCCCCAGGGGCUGUGAGGAGCCUCCAGUGCUGUCCAAGCUCAUUGUCAUCCCCGUGCUGCUCCUGAUCAGCAUCAAGGUGCCCGUGGCGCUGGCGGUGGUGUGCGGGGCAGCCUGCCUGCGGAGCCGUGACCAGGAGAGCCCGCGGCUCUCGGGGCCGUGCACCGGGGCACCGGGCUGCCCGCCCGUCCCGCCCACCCCCGAGCCCCGGGGAUCCGCUGCUGUCCCCCCGGGCCCCACCCUGCCGGGGCUGUGCCGCCCCCCGGGGUCACCCUGUGCCGGGGCGGGCUCGGCCCCGGGCACUGCCCGGCCCCUGCUGGCAGCCCCUGCGCGGGAGAGGGGAGGGUUUGGGGUGCAGAGAGCCUGUGUGUGUUGA